GUAAACACCAGUAGGAGGGAGAACACGGAAAGCGCUGGCCACAGCACAGGUCAACUCACAGCGAAGGAGUGUGCUCAGUUGAAAGGCCUCUGUUGCCAGGCCAAUAAAACAGAAGCCUGCCCUGUGAGGUUUAUCCAGCUGCUGGAGCAGCCACUUGGGCUACCGUUUCUGGGUUCUGCGUGGUUUCCGCAGCACCCCCCGUCCCGCUAGUGGGUGCCUGAUGGCAUCACCAGAGCUGCUUGUGGAAAGAGACUCUGCGGACACCCGUCUGGACAUGCGCGUGGAGGAGGGCCACGGCGAGCUGCCGAACGGCGCUCCCUGUGCCGGCCACGGUGCCGCCGGUGAGGACGGAGGCAAGAGGAGCCAUCGGAAGUGCAUCAGGAAGCCACGAGACUACAUCAAGAUCUCCGUGCCCGACGGCCGGAGCAGCCAGCUGCCCCUGGAGUGGUGGAAGACCGGCAUCGCCUUCGUGUACGCCGUCUUCAACCUGGUCCUGACCACGGUCAUGAUCACGGUGGUGCACGAGAGAGUGCCGGACAAAGAGGAGAACCCACCCUUGCCUGACAAGUUCUUUGACUACAUUGACCGCGUCAAGUGGGCGUUUUCUGUGACGGAGAUCAAUGGGAUGGUCCUUGUAGGAAUCUGGUUUGUGCAGUGGCUCUUCCUCAGAUACAAGGCGAUAGUGGGCAGAAGAUACUUCUUUCUAAUGGGAACCCUGUACCUGUACCGCUGUAUCACCAUGUACAUAACCACCCUGCCCGUGCCCGGUAUGCACAUGACCUGCGCCCCCAAGCUGUACGGAGACUCCCAGGCCAAGGUGCACAGGAUCCUGCAGCUGAUCUCCGGGGGAGGCCUGUCCAUCACCGGCUCACACCUGAUGUGCGGGGACUUCCUGUACAGUGGACACACAGUCAUGCUCACCCUGACCUACCUGUUCAUUAAGGAGUACUCCCCGCGGAGCUUUUGGUGGUACCACCUGAUGUGCUGGCUUCUGAGCGCGGUGGGCGUGGUCUGCAUCCUGGUGGCCCACGAGCACUACAGUGUGGACGUGGUGGUGGCCUACUUCAUCACCUCCCGCCUGUUCUGGUGGUACCACACCAUGGCCAACGUGCAGACGCUGAGGGGCUGUCCGAACAACUACCUCACGAACACCUGGUGGAACCCCGUGUUUAACUUUUUCGAGAGGAACGUCCAGACCCAGGUGCCUUGCGUCUUCUGCUGGCCGAUCACCUGGCCCCCCGCCUGCUUCAAGAACUCCUGUAAGAAGUACUCCAUGGUGCAGAGCAUAAGAGAAGAAUGAGGAAGUUUGACUGCUCCCCUGCAGCAUUCACCAUCAGUGAUGCAAUUAGCACAAAACCUUAUCUGUGGCCCACAGGACUAACAGGGGCAGAAAGAGCCAUUGAAGCCCAUGCCAAAGACAGUGGAGAGAAAAAAAAGUGUCUGUUGUGUAUGAAGAAAACGCUGCCAGUCACAUCAGGCAAAAUUGACAGUUUUAUCAUUCUCACAAUGCCUAGGAUCCUCCAUCUGCUCCAUUUAUGUGUUCCAAAAUGAAAAGUGUACUGAGAGGUAAUCUUGAAAGAAUUUUCUUUAUUUAAAAUUAUCCGUUGUUACUGUAACUAAAAGUCUACCGCCUGUGUGAUUUUUGGAUAAUGUCCACGUGCUAACGCGGCUCACCGGGCAUUGCUCCAGUGGGCGUGUUGUUUUGGUCAAAGAACCACUCACGGAGCCUGGGACCUCCUCGACCUGAUGCAGAAUGCACUGCAUGGGUCAGAGGAGCGCAAUCUCGGUCUUUGGGAGCACUUUUUUUCCUGCCAUGCAGAGAGGCCAUUGCAUCUGCGGAGUUGAGGCAGCCGUGCACAACAUGCUGUGUGACAGGUCUCUAAACAGAGUCUGAUCAGAAACGCACCUCUGAUUCACCUUCACAGUUUCACACCUGCUCUUGCCAUUGCAAAAGCAUCCUGUUUACGCCAAGGCAGUGUUCGUAAGUGCUCUUCAGACAGAAAAAGUUAGAAAUUAAUCCACAGGUCUUCUGUGGAGUAGAGUUAGAUAUCUGAGGGUCUGUAGACCUGCUGUUAUUUUACGAAACUGAAGGAAUCAGAUUUUCACGUAUGAAAGUGUCUUUAUUUUGU